AUGGCCUCCGGCCACUGUGGACCAAGUGGGCUGCGCCGCUUUCCUUUGCACAGAGGCCGACGCCCGCCCGGAGACCAGCGAGGUCGCCGCGCUGCUGGAGCGGCUUCCGGAGAAGUUUUGCUUGGACGUGUCGCUCACAGUGUGUCGAUCACCCGUGAAAUUGCCAUGGAACUGGCAUUAGCAAUGACCAGCUCGCUUGCUGCGUUGCCUGCCGAACUACACGCCGACAUCGAGAUUCUGAGAGCUGAGCAGGCCGCUCUUGCAACCAUGAUGCUCUCGAGGAGUCGUGUCACGCGUGAUGCUCAGCAAAUCGAUGAGCAAAGCGAGCUGAACAAGGCCAUGGACUCGCUAUGCGAGCGCAUUCAGGAGUGGGAGAUGAUGCAGCAGGAAGAGGACAAGCGAGCAGCAGCAGCGAAUCGCGAACGCGAGCUCCGCAUCAAACAGGAGCUGCAAGAGAUGCCGCAGGCGGACCCCUUUGACUCCUCGGACUUAGAGCUGAUGGAGGAGGAGCCAAACGCAGGUCACGCCAUCCUCGUCCGCCUGCUUUUACUCUCCCACGCCGCCUCCCACAUCCCCAAAGAAGGGAAAAGGGAAAGGCAAGGGCCGGAGCAGCAAGCCGUGCUUUGCUUUCAGGGACACCGGACGUUGUGCCCGCGGCGCUGGCUGUCGCUUCCGCCAUUGAGGCCCCCUCUAUAUUGA